AUGAGAAUCGGCAACUUGAUCGUGGCUGCAAGUGCUGCAAGCCUGGUGCAUGCUUAUCCCACGCGGGAUAUCAAAAAGCGUGGCUCAGGAUUCACCUGGGUCGGCGUUAGCGAAUCUGGCGCCGAGUUCGGAUCCAGCAUCCCAGGAACACUGGGCACCGACUACACUUGGCCUGAUACAUCUAAGAUUCAGACUCUGAGGGAUGAUGGAAUGAAUGUCUUCCGUAUCCCCUUUCUCAUGGAACGUUUGGCGCCAAACGAGAUCACUGGAUCUCUGGACGCGACCUACUUGAAAGACCUGAAAUCUACUGUCCAGGCCAUCACUGAUAGCGGUGCUUACGCCGUUCUCGAUCCCCACAACUACGGAAGAUACUCUGGAAGUAUCAUCUCUUCUACUUCUGACUUCAAAGCCUUCUGGAAGACAGUCGCUGGAGAAUUCGCAUCGAACGAGAAGGUCAUCUUCGAUACUAACAACGAGUACCAUGACAUGGAACAGUCUCUCGUCCUCAGCCUGAACCAGGCGGCAAUUGACGGCAUUCGCGCAGCUGGAGCCACGACACAAUACAUCUUUGUUGAGGGCAACUCGUACUCGGGUGCAUGGAAGUGGGCCGAUACCAAUGACAACCUCAGUCAACUGACUGAUCCACAAGACAAGAUUGUCUACGAGAUGCACCAGUAUCUCGACUCGGACGGCUCUGGUACCUCCGAGGCCUGUGCCAGCUCAACCAUCGGCAAGGAGAGACUGCAGACCGCCACGCAGUGGUUGAAGACCAACAACAAGAAGGGUUUCCUGGGUGAAUUCGCCGGCGGUGUCAACGAGCAGUGCGAGCAGGCUGUCGAGGGUCUCCUCUCUUACAUGUCGGACAACUCGGACGUCUGGAUGGGUGCCGAAUGGUGGUCGGCUGGCCCCUGGUGGGGAUCCUACAUGUACAGCAUGGAGCCGACUGACGGAACUGCCUACUCCACAUACCUUCCCAUCUUGAAGAAAUACUUUGUGGACGGCACUAGCGCUAGCACCGGCUCAUCGGCUACUUCUGCAGUCCCAUCGACUGCAGCUGCCAGCACCUCGACCUCUGCUAGUGCCUCGACUACUUCCGUAUCCUCGACUACCAUCAGCGCUGUGGAAUCCACCUCCACUAGCAGCGUUGUCGAAGCCCCCUCAACCACCUCAGAAGUCGACACUGCCACACCCACCCCAUCUCACCCAGCCCCUCAGCCAACCUCCGACUCGUCCAGCGCUUCUUCCAGUGUUCCCACAAGCAGCGCUCCGACGACUCUUUCGACCGCCUCGGCUUGUGGAUACCAUACUACCGUCACUGUGACUGCCAGCAAAUCUACCGCAGCACCCAGCAGCUCCGCGAGUACCGUCCCUCAAUACUACCAGUGCGGUGGCAUCAACUAUAGCGGACCCAAAGCCUGUGAGAGCGGCUACACCUGCGUCAAGCAGAACCCCUACUACAGCCAGUGUCUCUAA